AUGCUCUCAAAAUGGCUAUGGAGAUUCGCAACAGAGAGAGGAAGUUGGUGGCGCGGAUUGAUUAAUUACAAAUAUCCGAAUGAAGUCUCCUGCUGGCAGACCAAGAGGGUAAGAAGUGGUUUCUCCAAGUCUGUUUGGGCUAACAUCAGUAAAGAAUAUGAUCAGUUCUGGAAUUUUGCUGCGAUUGACCCGGGGAACGGUACUCAAGUCUCCUUUUGGCACGACUGUUGGAUCCCUGGGAUUGUGCUGGCUGCUUCGUUUCCUCGCGUCGCCGCUGCUGUCCUUGACCCUGAAGCUCUUCUAUCCGACACUGCGAACAUCCAUGGUGAGUUGGUGAGUUGGAAUCUUGAUUUCAAAUAUGAUUUGAGGGGUGGGGCAGCAAGGGAGAGGGAUAAUCUUAUGAAUCUGUUAAACUCUGUGAAUUUGGCAUUUUCUUCUCAUAGUCCGUGCAGGAUCACUUGGAAACAAGAGGCAAGCUCGAAUUUCUCGGUGAGAUCAUUUUAUAGGGAGCUGGCAGGCAUUCGUUCAAGAGAUAUAGAAGAUUUCCCUGUGGAAAAAGUUUGGGUCUCGUGGAUUCCGAGUAAAAUCUGCUACUUCAUAUGGCUGGUUUACCACAAUAAAGUGCUAACUCUAGACAAUUUGAAGAAGAGAGGUUGGUGUUUAGCGAAUAAAUGUGUUCUCUGUAUGAAGGACGAGGAGUCUGUCCAUCACAUGCUUGUGGAAUGCGAAUACGUUAGGAACAUAUGGAGUAUGAUAUUCUGCAGGAGGAGUGGGACACCGAGAUGGAAUGGUGAGAUCGUUCAAGUUAUAGCAAACUGGCCAUCUGCAGAUGGAGAUGAAAUUGAGAAGUGGUUCGAUGGAUGCAUUUUACAUUCCAUUUGGUGGGCUGUGUGGCUCGAGAGGAACCAGAGGACGUUCGAGGAUAAAGCAACAUCCAUGAUGGUGGUGGGAAAAAAGGCGGCGAGGAAGGCCCUAGAAUGGAUGGUGGUAAACGGGAAGGUGCAGAAAGCAGAGGGAAGGAGAUGGCUGUCAGAGAAGGACUUAGUUUAG